UGGAGGCGCCGGAGCCUAGCCGGGCCGGCGGGGCGGGCGGGGAGGAGGAGGAGCCGGAGCGGGCUGGCGGGCGGCCGGGUGGCGGCGGCGGCAUGGCGGAGCCGAGCGGGGCUGAGACGAGGCCCCCCAUUCGGGUCACCGUCAAGACCCCCAAGGACAAGGAGGAAAUUGUGAUCUGCGAUCGAGCCUCGGUCAAGGAGUUCAAAGAGGAAAUCUCACGGAGGUUUAAGGCACAGCAGGAUCAGCUGGUCCUGAUCUUCGCAGGCAAGAUCCUCAAGGAUGGGGACACACUGGACCAGCACGGGAUCAAGGAUGGGCUCACUGUCCAUCUGGUCAUCAAGACCCCUCAGAAGGCUCAAGAUCCGGCUGCCACCACUGCUUCUCCCCCCUCCACUCCAGACCCUGCCUCAGCACCCUCCACCACACCCGCCUCACCUGCCACCCCUGCCCAGCCCUCCACCUCUGGCAGUGCCACUUCGGAUGCUGGCAGUGCAAGCCGGAGAAGCAGUGGAGGGGGGCCCUCCCCAGGGACUGGGGAGGGCCCUCCCAGUGCUACUGCAUCCAUACUCUCUGGCUUUGGGGGCAUCCUGGGCCUGGGUAGCCUGGGCCUGGGCUCCGCCAACUUCAUGGAGCUGCAGCAGCAGAUGCAGAGGCAGCUGAUGUCGAACCCCGAGAUGCUGUCGCAGAUCAUGGAGAACCCGCUGGUCCAGGACAUGAUGUCCAACCCCGACCUGAUGCGUCACAUGAUCAUGGCCAACCCCCAGAUGCAGCAGUUGAUGGAGCGCAACCCCGAGAUCAGCCACAUGCUCAACAACCCCGAGCUCAUGAGGCAGACGAUGGAGCUCGCUCGGAAUCCAGCCAUGAUGCAGGAGAUGAUGCGGAACCAGGACCGGGCCCUCAGCAACCUGGAGAGCAUCCCUGGGGGCUACAACGCUCUCCGCCGCAUGUACACGGACAUCCAGGAGCCCAUGUUCAGUGCUGCCCGGGAGCAGUUUGGCAACAAUCCUUUCUCUUCCCUGGCCGGGAACUCCGACAGCUCGUCCUCCCAGCCUCUGCGGACUGAGAAUCGAGAGCCCCUCCCUAACCCCUGGAGCCCCUCGCCCCCCACCUCCCAGGCCCCCGGGUCCGGUGGGGAGGGCACCGGAGGAUCGGGGACCAGCCAGGUGCACCCGACAGUCUCGAACCCCUUUGGGAUCAAUGCGGCUAGCCUGGGGUCAGGGAUGUUUAACAGCCCGGAAAUGCAGGCCCUGCUCCAGCAGAUCUCAGAGAACCCCCAGCUGAUGCAGAACGUGGUCUCCGCCCCCUACAUGCGUAGCAUGAUGCAGACGCUGGCCCAGAACCCCGACUUUGCCGCUCAGAUGAUGGUGAAUGUGCCGCUGUUUGCGGGGAACCCCCAGCUGCAGGAGCAGCUCCGCCUGCAGCUCCCCGUCUUCCUGCAGCAGAUGCAGAACCCGGAGUCGCUCUCCAUCCUCACCAACCCCCGUGCCAUGCAGGCGUUGCUGCAAAUCCAGCAGGGGCUGCAGACCUUGCAGACCGAGGCCCCCGGGCUGGUACCCAGCCUUGGCUCCUUCGGGAUGUCCCGGACGCCUGCGCCCUCGGCAGGCGGCACCGUGGGGCCUGUGCCUGAGGCCCCCACCUCCUCGCCGGCCCCGCCGGCCACAUCCUCUCCCGCUGGGGCUCCCAGCGCCCAGCAGCAGCUUAUGCAGCAGAUGAUCCAGCUUUUGGCAGGAAGUGGAAACUCACAGGUGCAGACGCCAGAAGUGAGAUUCCAGCAGCAGCUCGAGCAGCUGAACGCCAUGGGCUUCAUCAACCGCGAGGCCAACCUGCAGGCCCUGAUUGCCACAGGAGGGGACAUCAACGCGGCCAUCGAGAGACUCCUGGGCUCUCAGCUGUCUUAAUCCUGCAGCCUGCCGCCUGGUCUCCCUCCCUGGAUGCCAGCCGGUGGUUCCUGUCAGCCCCUCCCUCCCCUCUUCAGCUCGUCAUCCCUUCCAUCUUCUCCCCUGUCCCCUCCAGACAACAGGGUGGCUUUAGAGGCAUCGGUGGGCCCCGACCCCGUAGCGCUGAGAACUUUGGUUCUACUUCUGCAUCUCUUACAGACUCUCCUCUCCUGCUUCUGCCUGAGCAGAGUUGUUUAAACAGUUUUCACACUUUUGCUGAUGGGCCCCACAGCUGCCUCCUGCAGUCUUUGAACUUCUCAGUGGCCGUGCAGAGUUGAAGGAGGAACUCGCACUCUGGUUUUACUGGAACAGGGUCUUCUGUCUGGAUCACUCGAGUUUGCUUCUUGUGUUUACUUCUGGUAACUCUCUUCUUUCUCUCCCCAGCCCCUCCCUGCCCCAGCCUAACCAGCGCUAGGAUGUCAUACUCGGAAGGAGGGCCGGGUGGAACAGGCUGGGGUUUUCUUCCUCACGCCUAGUCUGGUCAGCACGUUUUCAGGGGGUCUGUUGGGACUCCCAAGGGGAGAUGCCUGGUCUCCCUGUCUGAAGAGGGAGAUAAAGACAGCCCUGCAAACAGGAAUUAACAAGCCCUGGGCCAGCCCAGGGGAGACUGGUGCAGAAGAGGCCACGAGGUUUCCGGAGGAAGGGAAUGUGCAGGGAGCGGAAGCACUAGUUACUCUGUCAGAUGGGAGAGUCCCGGCAGAGGACACUUAGAGACAGAUACUCAUGGAACUGGAGUUGAAAGGGGCUCAAUGAAGCUAAACCGUGUGGCUCACAAGGGGUCACACUGGCUCCAUUUCCUCAAACACACGUGCCGUGUACAAUCUGACACAUUUCCGUGAAGCCAGGGCCUGCCUGUGUCCUCAGGUACCAGUGAUUUGAGCCCCCCACAAAAGACAUGAAGUGGAUUGGGGGCUGUGUGGGGUCGGUGGUGCAUGCAUGCACACAUGUGUGUGGGAGUUAAGUGGGAGGGUGGAUUCUUAGGUGAUGUCUGCUUCAGAGCUCCCCCACCAGAGAAGGAGGCGGAAGGACCAGUCUCGGGCAGUAAUACAUACCACCCGGAGAGCUCGGCCCUGUGGCCCCUGGAUGUGGCGUAACCCAAGGGUAGUAUGGAUACCCCGUCUGAAGCUGCCAGGGCUGUGAUCAGCUCCCUUACACUCACUGCUUUCGGGGAAUGGUAGAGGGUCUUUCCCUCCAGAGCCCCUGCCCUUUGAGUUCUUCACUGUUUCCCCCAGGCCAGAAAGUGCUGUUUGAGCAAGGAAAGGAGAGGGUGGCAGUGGCGCCUUUGAUCUGGAUUUGGGUAUUGCUCUGUUGGAGCACAGGAGGCUCGUUUCACCUCCACUGCUGCUUAGCCCGGCUGUUAGGGCUAUUAGGACCCGUGGCUGAGAAUAUGGAGGCCCGAGGAACAGAAUUUCCUCCCCAUGGGAAAGGGUCCCAAGCGAUCCAGAGAGGAUGUCUGCGUGGCUUCCCUCCCUCCUUCAGCUCCCACACUGGCCUUUGUAAAUAAAUGGUGUGGUCUUUGUUG